AUGCUCGCUCCAUUGACUAAGAAGCGCGAACUCAAUGUAUUCAUCUUGUGUGAUAUCCUCGCUGUCCUCAAGCUAAGCGUUACCCUCGCGCCAGUGCCAUCUCUUUCCCAUGAACUCCUUAUACCAGCCCACAUGAACUUAACCUCCAAUACCUCGGACGAGAAUCGAGCGGUGUCUUUGCCCGGAGUGAUUGGCUUCAAAGCCACGUCCAGAUCCAGCGCCACCAAUAAGACAGCACUGAGCCUUCUGACGCUAGGCUGGCGACGGACUCUGUGUCUUCAAGAUGAUAAAUGCCCACUAGUCACAGAGUAUGACAACCUUGUUAGUCGACACAGACAGCUAUGCUCCGGGCUGUGGUCGGCUCUCGAUUUUAAGCCACAGCCAUUCUCGCUCUCCGGGGCUACUCUUGAAGACUCCACGAGACGGAUAACAGGGAUCAAGAGCAUCUGCCGCUUCCGUACUGGCUCAAAGAUGGCCAAAGAGAGCCGGAAUUACUUGUCCAAUCCACUUAUACUGGAAACUUGA